CAAUGAGGAAGAACAUACAACACCCCAGAUACAACACCAAAUCAUCAAACAAAUUUACGAGUAUAGCGCAAUUAAAGGGAAAGGAACCAGUAUCACUAGCCAUCUACCAGUCACAACGAUGGGAGCAAUACAGACCUUCAGAUGGAUUUUCCCAAAGAAAGGACUCUGCGUCACCACUGAUGUUGCAAUUUCCAAUGAUCGUAUGGCAGCAGCAGCGAUCAUCCGGCAGAGAAACGGAAAUUUCAUUGGAGCAUGGACAAAAAUUUCGCAGGGUGAAACAGACCCAGAAGAAGGUGAGGAUUGCACUGCCCACCAUUAUUCCAUUGCCUACUGCCACAUCCGUGUUCACUGUGGUGUUAGUAGCUUGCCAUUUGAAGAUUUGAACGGCUAGUAUUUCAAAAGCUAUGAUUCCAGGAGCAAUUUUCUUCUGUGGAUUGUUGCUUGUAGUGUGAUCUUGCCACCAGGUCAUCAG